UCCCAUUCUUCUCCUUCUUCCACACUCCUUUUUCCUUAUUCACCAUGGCAUACCCCCGUGCCACCAUCAGGCCGCGGAGGAGCAAGCAGGCUCAGGCCUCGGCAUCGCUCCUCUCAAAGAUCACGCUCGUCUGCUGCGUCCUCCUCGCCAUUGUGUGCUUCCUGCCCGUUGGCAACCAGGUCCGCGCCGCCGAGCAGAAGGACAACGACUACGGAACUGUUAUUGGUAUCGACUUGGGAACUACCUACUCUUGUGUUGCCGUCCAGCGCGGCGGCAAGGUUGAGAUCAUCGCCAACGACCAGGGAAACCGUAUCACGCCCUCAUGGGUCGGCUUCACCGAGGACGAGCGCCUCAUUGGUGACGCGGCCAAGAACCAGGGAGCCCAGAACCCCACCAACACUGUGUUCGACGCCAAGCGCCUGGUCGGCCGCGACUUCAAGGACCCCGAUGUCCAGAAGGACCGCAAGCACUGGCCUUUCGAGAUUGUCAACAAGAACGGCAAGCCCAUGAUCCACGUCAAGCACAAGGGCGAGUUCAAGGACUUCACCCCCGAGGAGAUCUCCGCCAUGGUCCUUGUCAAGAUGAAGGAGACCGCUGAGGCUUACCUCGGCCACAAGGUCACCCACGCCGUCGUCACCGUCCCCGCCUACUUCAACGACGCCCAGCGUCAGGCUACCAAGGACGCCGGCACCAUCGCCGGUCUUACCGUCCUCCGUAUCGUCAACGAGCCCACCGCCGCCGCCAUCGCCUACGGUCUUGACCGUUCCACCAAGACCGAGUCGCAGAUCAUUGUCUACGACCUUGGAGGUGGUACUUUCGAUGUCUCGCUCCUCUCGAUCGAGGACGGCGUCUUCGAGGUUCUUGCUACCGCUGGUGACACCCACCUUGGUGGUGAGGACUUUGACAACCGUGUCAUCGACUACUUUGUCAAGCAGUACAAGCGCAAGACUGGCACCGACGUCACUGGCAACCAGAAGGCUCUUGGCAAGCUCCGUCGUGAGGUCGAGAAGGCCAAGCGCACUCUCUCUUCGCAGAUGUCGACCAAGCUCGAGAUCGAGUCGUUCGAGGGCGGCAAUGACUUCUCCGAGACUCUUACCCGCGCCAAGUUUGAGGAGCUCAACAUGGACCUCUUCCGCAAGACCAUGAAGCCCGUCGAGCAGGUUCUCAAGGACGCCGACGUCAAGAAGGAGGACAUUGACGAUGUCGUCCUUGUUGGUGGUUCGACCCGUAUCCCCAAGGUCCAGCAGCUCCUCAAGGAGUUCUUCAACGGCAAGGAGCCCUCCAAGGGCAUCAACCCCGACGAGGCCGUCGCCUACGGCGCCGCCGUCCAGGGUGGUAUCCUUUCCGGCGAGGAGGGCUCUUCGGGCGUUCUCCUCAUCGACGUCUGCCCCCUUACCCUCGGUAUUGAGACCACUGGCGGUGUCAUGACCAAGCUCAUUGGCCGUAACUCGGUUGUCCCCACCAAGAAGUCGCAGAUCUUCUCGACUGCUGUCGACAACCAGCCCACCGUCCGCAUCCAGGUCUACGAGGGCGAGCGUUCCAUGACCAAGGACAACAACCUCCUCGGCGAGUUUGACCUCACCAACAUUCCCCCUGCCCCUCGCGGUGUCCCCCAGGUCGAGGUCACCUUCGAGAUUGACGCCAACGGUAUCCUCAAGGUCUCGGCCGUCGACAAGGGCACCGGCAAGUCCGAGUCCAUUACUAUCACAAACGAUCAGCGCCGUCUCUCGCCCGAGGACAUUGAGCGCAUGGUUCAGGAGGCUGAGGAGUUCGCCGACGAGGACGCCCAGCAGAAGAAGCGCAUCGAGAACAUGAACGCCCUCCAGAACUUUGUCUUCACCCUCAAGUCGCAGCUCAACGACGAGAAGGCCCUCGGUGGCAAGCUCGACGCGGCUGACAAGAAGACCAUCCUCGACGCUCUCAAGGAGAAGCAGGACUGGCUCGACGCCAACCCCGACGCCGAUGCCGACGAGUACCAGGCCCAGCUUGACGACAUUCAGGAUGUUGUUGGUCCUCUUACCUCCAAGCUUUACGCUGAGGGUGCCCCUGGUGGCGGCGCUCCCGAGGACGACGGCUCGUCGUACUCUCACGACGAGCUCUAA